CCGGGGCCGGCAGGGGGCACGGUGCAGCCCCGGCCCCGUCCGGUCCGUCCCGGAUCCGGUAGCGGCAGCGCCCGACGGGGGCUGUUGGGGGUGUCCGGCUCCGCUCCCCCCGCUCGGUACCGGGGAACCGGCGCAGGGCACACGGCGGCGGCGAUGGACGGCGGGGCGGCGGCAUGAGGCGGCGGAGGCGGCGGGGAGCAUGGCGGCGGCGGGCGGCGGCGGGGCGCGGCGGGGGCUGCUGAAGCGGAAACCGAACUUCACGCUGCAGGAGCUGGAGGUGCUGAUGAGCGAAGUGCUUCGGUACGAGCCGCUGCUGUUCGGCGCCGCCGCCGGUACCGUGAACGCGUACGAGAAGCAGAAGAUCUGGUGGCGGAUCACGCACAAGGUGAACGCCGCCGGCCGCCACCAGCGCGACAUCGGCGAGGUGAAGAACCGCUGGCGGGGGCUACGCCGCCGCGCCGGGGACAAGAUCAGCCGGCACCGGCUGGAGCGGCAGGGUCCGGCCGGGAGGGCCGCCGCCAGGAACGGGAACACCGGGAAUAACGGGAGCAACGGGAACGGCGCGGCCGAGCCUGGCCCGGGGCCCGCCCCCGCCCCCGUCUGGGGUCCUCGCGGCGCCGCCGGAUCCGACCCUCCGAUGCGCAGCGCCGAGAGCUCGGCACAGCACGGUGAAUGUGUCAAGGAGGAGCCGGUGAAGGAGGAGCCUGUGGAGGUGAAGACUGAGCCCUUCCACGGCCCUGCUGCCGACGGCAUUCCCGGCCGCGGCUCAGACUGUCGGCUGCCCCGCACCGGCAUCUGCCCGCCCAACGAGCUGUGCGAGGGCUGGAGCCGGAGCCCCCCGCGCUCCGCACCCUCCGAACUCUCCCUCGGCGACCUAGGCGGGCAGCAGGAGCCGCUGGGCUCCGACUUCCCGAGCCUGCUAUUGGAGCAGGAGGCCGAGCAGCUCAGUCACUGCGGCGCGGGAGAGGGGGGGCCCCCCGGGGCGGCGGGGCUGGACGGGACCCCCGAGUGCCCCCAGCUCAGCCUCGUGCAGUCCAAUGAGCGGCUGGUGCAGGAGAUGCGGGCGUUCCGCCGGGAAUACGCCGAGAGCCGUCGGGAGACCACGGCGGUGCUGCGCGGCAUCGCCCAGGCGCUGGGCGUGCUCAGUCGGAGCCUGGCCGAAAUCCGUGACCUCUACCUCCGGGAGCGGGGGGUCCCCAAAUCCUGAGCCUCCCACGCAGCUGGCUGUGUACACACACCCCUACCCCUCCCCCCAGAACCAACGUCGCUGCUUUUAUUAUUAUUUUUAUUAUUAUUUCUUUUCCUGUCCAUCCCACCUCAAUAAAACUCGGAGCUGCA